AUGGCUAACACUUGCUAUAGGCUUCUUUGUCCUGCAUUUUUUUUUUUCUUCUGUGAUGACUUUUCUUCAAGUCACUCUUGUAGAAUUCUUCUUUGCUUCUGUACUCUUCCUCUUUUACACAGGUUUCCUUCUUCUCUUUCCUUUACAUCUUCUCUCCUCCAGCUCCUACAUCUUUUCUCCUCCAGCUCCUACAUCUUCUCUCCUCCAGCUCCUACAUCUUCUCUCCUCCAGCUCCUACAUCUUCUCUCCUCCAGCUUCUACAUCUUCUCUCCUCCAGCUCUUACAUCUUUUCUCCUCCACCACCUACAUCUUCUCUUUUUGUCUUUGACAUCUUCUCUUCUUUUAUGUUUUCUCUUCUUAUUUUCAUCUACUCCACUUAUUAAAUCUUCUUUUCUCCUCCUCUUUUUAUGUCUUCUCUUUUCUCACCUUCUCCUGUCAUUCUUCUUCUUCUUCACCUUUUAUCUCUUCAAUUAUCCCUAUCUUUUUACCUCUCCUCUUCCCCUCAUCUUUUUACCUCUCCUCUUCCCCUCAUCUUUUUUACCUCUCCUCUUCCCCUCAUCUUUUUACCUCUUCUCUUCUCAUCUUUUUACCUCUUCUCUUCCCCUCAUCUUUUUACCUCUUCUCUUCCCCUCAUCUUUUUACCUCUUCUCUUCCCCUCAUCUUUUUACCUCUUCUCUUCCCCUCAUCUUUUUACCUCUCCUCUUCCCCUCAUCUUUUUACCUCUUCUCUUCUUCUCAUCUUUUUACCUCUCCUCCUCCCCUCAUCUUUUUACCUCUCCUCUUCUUCUCAUCUUUUUACCUCUCCUCUUCUUCUCAUCUUUUUACCUCUCCUCUUCUUCUCAUCUUUUUACCUCUCCUCUUCUCUUCCCCUCAUCUUUUUACCUCUCCUCUUCCCCUCAUCUUUUUACCUCUCCUCUUCUUCUCAUCUUUUUACCUCUCUUCUUCUCAUCUUUUACCUCUCCUCUUCUUCUCAUCUUUUACCUCUCCUCUUCUUCUCAUCUUUUACCUCUCCUCUUCUCUUCCCCUCAUCUUUUACCUCUCCUCUUCCCCUCAUCUUUUUACCUCUCUCUUCUUCUCAUCUUUUACCUCUCCUCUUCUUCUCAUUUUUACCUCUCCUCUUCUUCUCAUCUUUUUUACCUCUCCUCUUCUUCUCAUCUUUUUACCUCUCCUCUUCUUCUCAUCUUUUUACCUCUCCUCUUCUUCUCAUCUUUUUACCUCUUCUCUUCCCCUCAUAUUUUUACCUCUUCUCUUCCCCUCAUAUUUUUAUCUCUUCUUUUCCCCUCAUCUUUUUACCUCUUCUCAUCCCCUCAUCUUUUUACCUCUCCUCUUCUCAUCUUUUUACCUCUUCUCUUCCCCUCAUCUUUUUACCUCUUCUCUUCCCCUCAUCUUUUUACCUCUUCUCCGUUCCUUAUCUUUUUGUCUCCUCUUUUCAUCUUUUUACCACUUCCAAUCUCAUUUUUUUUUACUUCUGUUCUCCUCUUUGUACAUUUUCUCUUCUCCUCCUUUUAGUACAUCUUCUCUCCUCCUCAUCUUUUUGUAUCUUCUUCACCUCUUCUUACAGCUUUUCUUCUCUCUUCCAGCUUUUGCAUCUUCUCUUCUUCCUUUUACCUCUUCUCUUCCUUUUAUAAUUCUUAUCCCCUUAACUUUCCUUCUAUAUACUUCCUCAUUCUUUUUUUUGAUUUAUUUUUAUAUUUUCACACCAUUGUCAUCCUCUUUUUAUAUUUCCAGUCAUCCUGUCAUUCACUUACUCUUCCUCCAAUUCUUUGUUUAA